GACAUUGUUGUAGGAGAGAGACCAAGCGAAGAAGACUUAGAUGGAUAUCUCAUGCUUCCAAAAAUACCCUUUUGAUCUCCCUUGCAGUAGAGCAUUUAAUGGGGAUGGAGAAUACAAUGCAGUAGAGUUCUCUAAUAAAAGAAGGAUGGUGAAGGUGAGUGAUGAAUCAAAGAAUAAGAAAAAGAAGCAGAGAGGUUCUAGAGUUUGUAGUAGAGGACAUUGGAAAAUUUCUGAGGAUUCUCAGCUCGUGGAACUUGUUGCGGUUUACGGACCUCAAAACUGGAACCACAUUGCGGAGAAGAUGCAAGGAAGAACAGGCAAGAGUUGUAGAUUGAGGUGGUUUAACCAGUUAGACCCUAGGAUCAACAAGAGAGCUUUCAGUGUUGAGGAAGAAGAGAGACUACUUGCAGCUCACAGAGCAUUUGGUAACAAAUGGGCUAUGAUUGCUAAGAUUUUCGAUGGAAGAACUGACAAUGCCCUAAAGAAUCACUGGCAUGUCCUCAUGGCAAGAAAGUUAAGGCAACAAUCAACUUCUUACAUGAGGAGAUUCAAUGGGUCUGCUCAUAAACCUAAUGCAGAUCACAAAAGCUUUAAUCACUCUCCUGGUAGUGUAGAUGAUGAAGAUAUGAAUUUGGAAGAUAACAGCUGGAAAAUGCUAAAUGAGGAAACAACUAACCUGAAAGAAGAGUAUUGUUCUUCACGCAUGCCAAUGCAGGCCCCGCAUCACUACUACUCAGCCUUAUCUGCAGAUUCCUUGGCACUGACACUGCAUGUGUCCAUCCAAGAACCAUCAUCAUCAUUGUCGUCAUUAUCACUGCCACCAUCAUCUGCAGAACCUCCAGCAUUUAUAGAUUUUCUUGGUGUAUGCCACCAAAGCCCCAACAUCUAAAAGGAAAAAAAAAAGAGAGUGAGAGCUAAUUAAAAACUUGAUCACUCCUGUCAUUAUUAUCAAACUCCAUGUCUUCUGUAAGCUAUUAACAUGACAAGUUAGGAAA